AUGGUCCUGCACAACCCCAACAACUGGCACUGGGUCAACAAGGACGUGUCCGAAUGGGCGCGCGAGUGGUUCAAGGACAAUUGCCUCAAGCUCGAAGCUGCCAAUGGCGACGUGACAGCCCGCAUCUCGGGUCUCCAAUCCAUGGAUGGCGACGUCGACGUCAGUCAGCGCAAGGGCAAGGUCAUAACCAUCUUCGACGUGAAGCUCGUCCUCGAAUACUCUGGGUCUGCUCCUGAUGCCGCUGACGUAUCCGGCUCCAUUACCGUCCCCGAAAUUGCCCACGACACAGAAGAGGACGAGUACGUGUUCGACGUGGAUCUCUUCGCCGAGUCCAAGGAAAAGCAGCCCGUGAAAGCCCUCGUAAAGUCGGAGCUUGUGCCCAAGCUGCGCCAGAUCUUCCAGAACCUCGCCCCAGCGGUCAUCAGCUACCACGGAAAGGAUAUCCAGCAUGCGCAGGGGUCGAAUCCCUCAAGCGGCUUCUCCACGCCUAAGAUGUACGAGAAGUCCGGCAGUACUAAACCUGCCACCACAUCAACGACCCAGACCUCGAGCUCGUCCAAAGUCAACACAACCACGGUGACCGAUUCCGUCGAAUUCCGCACAACAGCGCAAGAAGCGUACCAGGUCUUUGUUGAUCCGCAACGUAUCGCCGCGUUCACCCGGGCGCCUCCCAAGGUUUUUGAGGGUGCGAAGAAGGGAGGCAAGUUCGAGCUGUUUGGCGGAAACGUGUCCGGCGAGUACUUGGAGCUCGAUGAGCCUAAAAAGGUGGUCCAAAGCUGGCGGUUGGCGCAGUGGCCAGCUAACCACUACUCGACCCUCAAGAUCGAGUUCGAUCAGAACGAUGUCGAUCAUGUGACCGUCAUGCGGGUGACAUGGGAUGGUGUGCCCGUCGGACAGGAGGAGGUCACCAAGAGGAAUUGGACGGAGUAUUAUGUCAAGAGCAUCAAGCAGACAUUUGGCUUCGGCACCAUUCUAUAA